CGGCAGCAGCGGCACCAGCAGCAGCAACGGCGGCGGCAGCGGAAGCAGCAGCAGCGGCGGCGGCAGCAGCAGCAGCAGCAGCAGGGACUGGAAGGACUCCACCCUCACAGACCGGGUGACAGGCGCCUCCCCCGCUGUCUCCUGGGAGGCUUCUUCCCAGAUGAUGACAGAUGAGGCCAGACUCCCUCAGGACAGCCCGGACACCACCCUCAGACAAGGAGAUGCUUGGACGUCCCACACAGCCGUCCACACCGACAGCACCUACACCUCCACCGACAUCAGCCGCGCUGGGGAGAGGACCCUGCUGUCCGUCACCUCCUCUUCCAGCAACCACACCUCCUCCGCCUUUACAGAGGACUCCAACUCCCAUCAGGCCCCCUCCACCUUGAGUAUUUCUGCUACAGACACUGAGGACUACACCCGCAGCGCCCUGUCCACCAGGACUGACAGCGGGGACACAACAGACCUACAACACAGUACCAGCUCCUUUAAGGCGGGAUUUCCAGAGACCGGGAGUUCAGGAGGGACCCAGAGUUUAACCGGACAACCUAAUGCUACCGACCCUCGAUACACCGCCACAUCAGAGGAGACCUCCGACUCGACGCCUCCUCUCAGAGUGACGGAGCUCAGCACUGAGAGAUCUGAAGUGUCCGUGUCCUCCUCACCAUCCGUCACCUCGCCUGCAGGAGGUCCUGUAAACGUCUCCUGGACAGAGCAGGGGCGGGGCUUCAGUGUGACAGCCUCCACUGAGUCCUCCAGCGGGGGGCACAGCUCCAGCACCCAGAACCAGGAGGGCACUGAGGGGGCUUCAGCCCACACCAGGGAGGACCUCGGGGACGUGGGCCUGACCAUAGCGCCCCCUACUGUCAGCAGUGGAACAUCGGAAGUGGACCGUCCGCUAACGGACACUCCAGUGCUGGUUACUGAGGCCUUCCUCACCACCACAGCUGGUACUGUUACAGACAGACCAAAGAUAAUAGAGGAAGACACUUUUAAAGCCACUUCCUCCUCGACCACCACCACCACCACCUCCACUCCUCUAGCUCCAACCUCAUCCUCCGGGUUCAGCAGCACCGCCAUCAGCUCUACCACAGACUCGCCCCCCGAGGCCACCGUCCCGUACACUACCCCCUCCACUACCCCCUCCACUACCCCCUCCACUACCCCCUCCACUACCCACUUCACCACCUCCUCCACCCUGGCCCUGCUGACCUCUGCAGCUCACCCGACUCACCGGGUGUCCCCCAGCCAAACCCAGGGGCCCUCAACUGGGAUGGAUAACCCCACAAGCGCCACCACCCUGCAGAUGGAAACCAGCACCAGCACGCCGGGAAUCACCACGACUCAAAGCCACAUAACCACCACCUACACCACCAGCACCCCCACCAAGAGUACAGAGGCUCUGCAGACCCCCGGGAAGAAACAGACAGAGGGGGGAACAACACAGCUGGUGGGGACCACUUCACCCACCAAGGCACCAACACCACCAACACCACCAAGAAACCCUUGUGUGUCAAACCCUUGUAUGAACGGAGGGAUGUGUGUGAGCUAUUUAGGGCAUCAGUUCACCUGCCACUGUCAGCAGGCAUGGACCGGACUGACCUGCAACCAGGAUGUGGAUGAGUGUGAGAGGGACCCCUGCCCCGUCGGCUCCAGAUGUGUGAACACCAGAGGGUCCUUCAGCUGCGAGUGUCCGCUCGGCUUCGACCUGGAGGACGGGCGCACCUGCACCAGAGCAAAGACGUUUCUGGGAACAUUCAAAGUCAACAGGCUGCCACAUGACCCUCUUAUCUUCAAGAGCUCCACCAUGCAUGAGAUCCAGAGAGAGAUCAUCCAGCUGCUCAAUGCUUCGUUGUCAGUCCUACGAGGUUACAGCCGCUCAAUGCUGACUAAGAAAGAAGAGGACGGGGUUCAUAUCUCAGCUGUCAACAUGUUUUCCACUUCCACCGAUGUGACGAGCGCGGAGGUUAACAACAGCAUCCAGAUGUCUCUCAGCAACUGCAGCUCCUCUCUGGCCCACUGCCGCAUGGUGCUGCACCACCAGCUCACUUAUCAUGCGGAAAGUCUGUGUGUGGCCCAGAAGACCGAGUGUGACGCAGAGCGCUCCUUCUGCACGGACAGCAGCGGCACGGCCAGCUGCCAGUGUCUCCACGGAUACUACAAACACACCCCCGACGACCUGUCCUGCUUAGAAUGUGGGGAUGGCUACAAGCUGGAAAAUGACACCUGUGUUCCGUGCAUGUUCGGAUUUGGAGGAUUCAACUGUGGGAAUUUUUACAAGCUGAUUGCAAUCGUGGUGUCGCCGGCAGGGGGCGCUAUGCUCCUCAUCCUCAUCAUCGCUCUCAUUGUCGUCUGUUGCAAGAAAGACAAGAACGACAUAAACAAGAUCAUCUUCAAGAGUGGCGACAUGCAGAUGUCCCCGUAUGCGGACUUCCCCAAAAAUAACCGCAUAUCCACGGAGUGGGGCAGGGAGACCAUCGAGAUGCAAGAGAACGGCAGCACCAAGAACCUGCUUCAGAUGACUGACAUUUACUACUCUCCUGCGCUACGUAACUCAGACCUGGAGAGAAACGGCCUGUACCCGUUUACAGGCCUGCCGGGGUCCCGCCAUUCGUGCAUCUACCCCGCCCAGUGGAACCCGUCCUUCAUCAGUGAAGAUUCACGAAGAAGAGACUACUUCUAACUGCCCCACCUUGAUCACACACACACACACACACACACACACACACACACACGCACCCAGAGAAUGGCCAUCUCUUCUACUGAUAAUUAUGAUGCGUUAUAAUGGGUGUCUCUCACGGUCAGAAUGCUACCUAGCACCCAUUUGACCAUCAGCAUUCAGGGUGGCAUACAGGUGUGAAUGCAGGUGUGUGUGUAAGUGUGUGUGUGUCUACGUGUGUGUGGAUGUGGAAGUGCUCACUUUUUGCAAGUGAAAUGUGUCCCAUAGUGUUAUUGUGUGACCAUUUCAGUGUUUUUGCAUGUUUUAGCUCAUUUACUUCAACUCACACAUUGCAUUUCUGCUGUUUUGUUAAAGACUGUUUAAUGUGUUUUGAUGUGCCUCCCAGACAGCCACUGAUUCUCAUUUACUUCACUGUGGAAAACAAUUAGCAGACGCUUGAAACGUGCGUGAGGUAGGUGAUCCAUGACAGUAAACAAUCAUAUCUGCCGCGUUGCUGCCUGGUAAUGCACUGCAGAUUAUCGUGAAAAAAUCUGCUCUGCAUUAAUGCACAAUGAUUAUUAAUGCAGAUGUGAUGUUUACUCAUUAGACAGGAAUCAUUGGAAUGUGGGAAAACACGUUAAAAUAAUAUAGAAAACAACAGUGAUAUAAUCUGUAUGUGAUUUGUAGCAAAUAGAACAUGCAAAAACAUGGAAAUGGUCCUUUGAGUGCUGAAAUAUGAAAAUGUGCCUGCUACUGCUGUGAUUCAAAAGUAUUUCUUUAAUGAUUCCAUUAAGUAUUGAUUGAACAAGACCAUAUAAAACCACUGAAGUAUGCACAAAGGUUGGUUUAAUGCCAAUAGAAACUGAGGAAUGACUGAAUUCUGAUGCCAAUGUUUAUUUAUUCCCUCUAUGUCCAAGUCCCUGACAUGUAGCACAAUGGACAUCCCAUACACACUGACAGACCAGAGAGGGUGUGUGUGUGUGUGUGUGUGUGUGUGUGUGUGUGUGUGUGUGUGUGUGUGUGUGUG